CUAAAUUUAAAAGUACCGUUUGAAAUAUAUCUCGUCGGAGAGCGCGAGAGAGGCUGUAAACUGUGGGCUGGACGGACGCUGCGUUGUCGGAGGAGGCAGGAGACGAUUAACAUAUAAUUUACAGACCUUUAUUUACUUGUGGGGGCAACAAUAAGAGGAUAAUUCGUAAAAGGAGAGGCAGAUAUCGCGUGAUUCGGCUCGUUUUUUCGCGGAGGAGGACGUCUUUCUGCAGCCAUGAACGGAGUGAAACGGGAGGAAAAGGGGAGAAACAUCCAGGUCGUCGUCCGAUGCAGAUCCCGCGGCGUGGUGGUGAAGGGUCUGGAGGAGAUCACCGUGCACAACAAAGACGAAGUCUACCACAUCCUGGAGAGAGGAUCGGCCAAGAGGAGGACGGCCUCCACGCUCAUGAACGCCUACUCCAGUCGCUCCCACUCGGUGUUCUCCGUCACCAUUCACAUGAAAGAGAUCACUCUGGACGGAGAAGAACUGGUGAAGAUCGGGAAACUCAACCUGGUGGAUCUCGCCGGCAGUGAGAACAUCGGGCGUUCAGGUGCGGUGGACAAACGAGCUCGUGAGGCGGGAAACAUCAACCAAUCGCUGCUGACGCUGGGCCGCGUGAUCACCGCCCUGGUGGAGAAGAGACCUCACAUCCCGUACAGGGAAUCUAAGCUGACCAGAAUCCUGCAGGACUCCCUCGGGGGUCGAACAAAAACCUCCAUCAUCGCCACCGUGUCGCCUUCCUCCAGCAACCUGGAGGAGACUCUGAGCACGCUGGAGUACGCCAGCAGAGCCAAGAACAUCAUGAACAAACCCGAGGUCAACCAGAAACUCACCAAGAGGACGCUCAUAAAGGAAUACACGGAGGAAAUCGAGCGUCUGAAGCGAGAUCUGGCCGCCACUCGGGACAAGAACGGAGUCUAUCUGUCUGCAGAGAACUACGAGACCAUGUUGGGUCAGAUCACCUCUCAUGAGGAGCACACGUCUGAGUACUCCGACCGGAUCGCUGCCAUGGAGGAGGAGAUCAAGAAGGUGACGGAGCUCUUCAUGGACAGUAAAACCCGGUUGGAGCAGUGCACCGUAGACCUGGACGAGAAGCAUCAGAUGCUGGAGGAAACCAGCAAAGACCUGCAGCUGACCAAAGAGAAGCUGAGUCAGGAGGAGUUCGUCUGCUCGGAGCUCUCCGUCGUCCAGGAGUCUCUCUACAACACGGCAGGACAGCUGCUGAGCACCGUGGACGCCAGCACCAGUGACGUGAUGGGUCUGCACGACAAGCUGGACCGCAAGAAAAAGGUGGAGCAGCACAACAGUGAGAUCCAGCAGAGCUUCUCUCAGCGGAUGGAGGGGGCGCUGAGCAGCAUGCAGCGCUGCAUUCAGCAGCACGGAGACCAGCACCACCGCAUGCUCAGCAGCUACUCGCAGGCCAUCGACGGCGUGCGCGUGAUGAACGAGGCGGCGCUGAACGGCGCCCUGGUUACCGUGGAGUCCUUCGUCGGCGGCGUCGGGGCGCUGGUGGCCGACGGCGUGGCUCGCUGCCGGGACCGGGUGCAGCAGCAGGAGGCGCUGUGUCUGCAGGACAAGGACAGCCUGCUGCAGCUGCUGGAAGAGCAUCGGCAGGACAUGGAGGAUGUUCUGGUGGCUCGGACCCUGAUGGGUCUGUCGGCCGUGAAGGAGCUCAACGACACCCUGAGAGCCACCGUGGAGACGCAGCGCGCUCUGGCCGACAAGGUGGAGGCGAUGAAGGAGGUGGGGGUGGUGUUCGGCGGCCUGGUGCGGGAGCUGGCCGGGCUGCGGGAGGAGACGGUGCGAGGCCUCGGCUCGCUGCAGGCCGACCACGGCAAGCUGGAGGACGAGAUCCGACGGGCGCAGGACCGGCACCAGGCGGGCAUGAAGCAGACCAUGCAGUUCCUGCAGGACCAGCUCAACCUGCUGACCAUGGAGGCCCAGCAGGACUACACAGACCUGCGCUCCUCCUCCAAAGCUCUGCAGAAACCUCUACAGACCCUCCAGGAGAACAUCAGCAGAGGUCUGGUCCAGCGGGACCUCCAGUGGACCUCUAAAGCCAGGGACCAUGCAGAGACUCAAGCCCAGGAACACCUCUCACUGUCGGGGAAGAUUUCCACUGAAGCUCAGACCCUCUGUCAGAGCGUGGAGACGCGCUGCGCCGACCAGCUCCGCACGGCCGAGGAGGAGCUGUCCAGCCGGGGGGCGGAGGUGACCCGGUCUCUGGUGGCCGUGCAGGACCAGACCUCCGCGGACCGGGCGGUCCUGGACCAGCAGCAGGCCGAGCUGCGGGACCACGUGGAGACGAGCCAGGACCUGGUCCAGGGCUUCCUGCAGGAGGAGCUGCAGCAGGACCGGCCCACCGGCGCGACCCCUCAGCGUCGGGAGUUUGUGUAUCCCCGGCAGCUGGAGAAGUCGCUGAGCCGGAGCGAGCUGCUGGAGAGCCUGCGGAGGAGGCAGGAGGUGCUGCAGGCCGCCAUGGAGAAGGAGCACCAGCUGGAGGAAGAGGAGGAAGAGGAGGAAGAUCACGACUCUCUGGAGGACGAGCUGAGCGCCUGCAACGAGAGCUUGGCCACCGAGCCGUCCUUCAUCGACGAGAACCUCGUCUUCAACGAGAGCAAACGGGUUCCCUUCUUCAAGGUGAGCAGCAGAAAUUUAACUAUUCUAUAUCUGAACUAA